AUGACUUGGUCACCCAGGAAUGUUGACCCAAUCUUAUCUCGGUCUCUUCCCACAGCUACAAUCAGGGCAAAAAGCAGAGUAAACAGAUUUUCAGUAGAGAUUGUUUUCAGUUACAAAUGGAAGGAAUAUUUUCAUGGGGAUCUUAUUGCUGGAUUAACGGUCGGUAUCAUGCAUGUACCACAAGGAAUGGCCUAUGCCAGUCUAGCUGGCGUACCACCUGUCUACGGAAUGUAUUCAUCAUUUUUUGCUUCUACAGUUUAUAUGUUUUUCGGUACGGCUCGUCAUGUGUCAAUAGGUGUUUUUGCUGUGGCAUCGUUAAUGGUUGGAGCGUGUCGACUUCGACUUGUGCCCGAUACGGACGACAUCCUGACUAAUUCGACCUCACCUUUGGGUGAUGUGGCAGCUCUGGAGUUGACUAGCGCACUGACACUUGUAGUUGGUGUUGUUCAGAUCCUCUUUGGAAUUCUACGACUUGGCUUCCUCACUACAUACCUAUCCGAUCCGUUAGUCUCAGGCUUUACAACGGGUUCUGCUGCUCAUGUCAUGGUAUCACAAUUGAAUAAGGUGAUAGGCGUCAAACUGCCCAGAUAUGAAGGAAUGGGCAUGCUACUUUUUAUGGUGCGAGAUCUUAUCUACUCUAUUCCAUCGGCAAAUUUGGUUGCAUUGUUGAUAUCCGUAGCUGGAAUAAUGUUUCUGGACCUUGGCCGUACAUAUCUCAAUCCUGUGGUUAAACGAUUUUCUUCUGUGCCACCGCCACUUGAGCUUAUACUGGUUGGUUGUAUAUUUUUCAUCAAAUUUCUCAACCUGCGAGCAUCAGCUUGUGCCAAUGGCGUCAUCAUCGGUGUCAUACUCUCAGUGACGUUAGACCUCAAGGAGAAUUACCAUAUCUCUAUAGUAAACACUAUACCAAGAGGAUUCCCCGUGCCGUCGUUGCCAAACACCUCUCUGGUGCCUUAUCUGAUCUCUGAUGCUAUCCCUAUUGCCGUAGUCUGCUACAUGUUUGUAAUGUCGAUGGGAAAGCUGUUUGCAAAGAAACAUAAGUACAGAACGGAUGCUACUCAGGAAUUCUAUGCUGUUGGAAUAAUGUCUGUUGCUUCGUCAUUCUUUCCCGUAUAUCCUGUAGGCGCUUCACUUAGCAGAUCGUCAGUUUGUGAAAUGUCUGGAGCGAAUACUCAGCUCUAUACCGUGUUUUCAUCGACACUUCUACUUACUGUGAUACUUAGCCUAGGUCCAUUCUUAGAACCGCUACCCAUGUGUAUUCUGGCCUGUAUAGUUAUUGUAAGCCUGAAAAGUCUCUUCCUUCAAGUCAAAGAACUACCUCGAUACUGGCGGAUCAGCAAAUACGAUUUUGCAAUUUGGCUGACAGCAUGUGUGACGACCAUAAUAACCGACGUGACAAAAGGUCUCGUCAUAUCGCUGACUUUUGCGUUGUUCACCGUUGUCCUCAGAGAGCAGUGGUGA